AUGGCUACCAUUUCUUCAACUUGGUACCUAUUGCUUCCCAUAAUUUUAUCGUUAUGCCCCACAACACUAUGUGCAACAGUUAUAGAAGAUCUCAAAAACUUACAUCAACCUCCAGAUUUUAACUCUACAAUUUUAUCCAACUGUCUCAAGAACCCAUCUCUUAGGUACUGCAGUUCCUCACCCAUGACGGACCUUGAUGAAAUAUUCAAAUUCACUAUUGUUGCAAGCCAUCUCUGCAAUGAAUCAAAGAACCCCAAUUGUGUGGAGUCAUUCCCCAAAGUUGAUCUCAGAAACCGCCCCAAUAUUGCACCGCUUUAUUUGUCCUUUGGUUUCUUUUGGAAGUAUUGCCCCUUGACCAUUAUGUCCAUUGAUUUGUCCAACAAUUCCAUGAAGGGUGAUUUUCCAAUUGAUGUUCUCCAUUGCACCCAAAUCCAGUCUCUUGAUCUAAGUACCAAUGCAUUUUCUGGGGACAUUCCAAUUCAAAGUUUCUCUCCCUUGAUCAACCUCACUUUUCUGAACCUCUCCUAUAACUGCUUUUCAGAGAGUAAACUGUCUGAUUCCCAUUUCUUCAAAAGGUUUAACUCUUCUAGUUUUCUUCACUCUGGUGCUCUCUUGGAUCGCAAAAGGUUUACACUAAAGGCUGUUGUUCUAUUGGUUGGCUUUCCCAUCCUUGUCAUUUUGAUGGUGAUUGGCUUGGUAUGGCUUUGUUUCCAAAGGCCUGAUAUUUUACCAAGAAAACUUCAAACAAGUAUGAGGUUUACACCAGCAAUUCUAAAGGCAGCAACUGCUGAUUUUUCAAACGAGAAUUUGAUGGGGAUGAGUGAUGUUGUUCACAUAUACAAAGGGAUCUUGAGAGAUGGUACUGAAGUGAAAAUUGAGAUGUACUUUGAUGAUAUACCAAGGGAUAGUUAUCGUAAAUUUGUUGAAGAAUGUAAGGUUUUGUGUAAGUUACACCACAAGAACCUUGUUAGAGUUAUGGGGUGGUGUAGGAGCAGAAAAUUCAGAGCCAUUAUAACAGAAUGGACAAAAGAAGAAAAUGUUGAAAUGUGGUUAUCAGGGUCGGGUCCACCAUGGAAUCAUAGAUUGAAAGUGUUAAUGGGAGUUAUUGAAUGCAUGCGUUAUCUGCAUGAGGAAUGGCCUGAGGUUGACUAUGAACUCAACACAAGUAGUAUUUUAUUGUCUGACAAUAUGGAACCGUUAAUUUCGAGGUUCAAAGUUGUAGAUCAAAACAACAAUCGAAGAAAGAUAUAUAGGGUUGGAGUAUUCCUGCUAGAGAUGAUACUAAACAGAAAGGUUAAAGAGGAGUUUGAUGAAGGUCAUGCUGGAUUUAUUAGGUACAUGAGAACCCUUAAUCCAGAAGAUUUGCAACAGAAGAUUGAUGAGAGAAUGGAAGUAACUGAAACAAAUUUUCAUCAAGUUAAACAGGUUCUAUCACUGGGAUUAAUGUGCAUAGACCAAUCAAACAAUGAGAAGCCAAGCUUUGCUAUGAUAUUUAACACUAUAGCAAGAGCCUACAAGGCUACCCUUGUAUCUGUAAAUCAUAGAAUAUUUCACGGGGAGAAAUUUAAGGGACACGUGCAUGUUCAAACCUGA